GGGAGCGGGGAGUGAGGGCGCCGCCAUCUUAGUUCGCUGCCAGCCGUGCUCGGCUGAGGGGAAGGACCGCGGCGGCGGGGGCGCUUCUCCUCCUCCUUCCCGCUCGCUUCUCCGGCCUCAGGCUUCCUGCUCCUUUCCGGCGGGGGCGAGCAAGAGACCCCCUCUUUGCGGGGGGUGGGUCGGGGGGCGCCGGGGCGGUGGUGGGAGGAGGAGGAGGAGGAGGAGGGGGUGAAGAAGAAGCAGCACCAGCAGCCGCCCCCCCUGGCCGGGCCGGAGAUGCUGCGCUCCCCGCUGGCCCCCGCCUGCCUCCUGGCUGCGCUGCUCUGCGCAGGGAUCCGCGCCGCCCGAGUUAACAAGCACAAACCGUGGAUUGAAACAACUUAUCAUGGCAUAGUUACUGAAAACGACAACACAGUCCUGUUGGAUCCUCCGUUAAUAGCACUGGACAAGGAUGCGCCACUCCGCUUUGCAGAGAGUUUUGAGGUGACAGUCACCAAAGAAGGUGAGAUUUGCGGAUUCAAAAUUCAUGGGCAAAAUGUCCCCUUUGAAGCCGUGGUGGUGGAUAAGUCCACCGGCGAGGGCAUGAUCAGAUCCAAAGAAAAACUUGACUGCGAGCUGCAGAAGGACUACACGUUUACCAUCCAAGCGUACGAUUGUGGGAAGGGACCAGAUGGAGCCAGCGCGAAAAAAUCCCACAAAGCAACCGUGCACAUCCAGGUGAACGAUGUGAAUGAGUACGCGCCUGUAUUUAAGGAGAAGUCUUACAAGGCGACGGUGAUCGAAGGGAAGAGGUACGACAGCAUCCUGAGGGUGGAAGCCGUGGAUGCCGACUGCUCCCCCCAGUUCAGCCAGAUCUGCAGCUAUGAAAUCGUGACUCCGGAUGUUCCCUUUGCGAUCGACAAGGAUGGUUACAUUAAGAACACAGAGAAACUCAAUUACGGCAAGGAGCACCUGUACAAGCUCACCGUGACGGCCUAUGACUGCGGGAAGAAGCGAGUGGCAGAGGACGUGCUGGUGAAGAUCAGCAUUAAGCCGACGUGCAAGCCCGGCUGGCAAGGAUGGAGCAAGCGGAUGGAGUACGAACCUGGGACGGGCUCCCUGGCCCUCUUCCCCAACAUCCACCUGGAGACGUGCGACGAGCCCAUCACUUCCAUCCAAGCCACGAUCGAGCUGGAGACGAACCACAUUGGGAAGGGUUGCGACCGAGACACCUACUCCGAGAAAUCCCUUCACAGGCUAUGCGGCGCUUCCUCAGGCACAGCUGAGCUGCUUCCCCCUCCAAGUAACACCGCCAACUGGACGGCAGGCCUUCCAACAGACAACGGCCACGACAGCGACCAAGUCUUUGAGUUCAACGGCACGCAAGCCGUGAAGGUUCCGGACAACGUUGUCACCGUCAACAUGAAAGAGCCCUUCGUGAUCUCCGUCUGGAUGAGGCACGGACCCGGGUCUAGGGAAAAGGAGACCAUCCUCUGCAAUUCGGACAAGACAGACAUGAACCGGCACCACUAUUCAUUGUACGUACACAAUUGCCGAUUCGUCUUCCUCUUCCGUCAAGAUCCUUCGGAGGGGCAAAGCUACAAGCCGGCAGAAUUCCACUGGAAAUUGAACCAGGUGUGUGACAAGGAAUGGCAUCAUUAUGUCCUCAACGUGGAAUUGCCGACAGUGACGCUCUACGUCGACGGCGUCUCCUUCGACCCUUUCCCAGUGACGGAGGAUUAUCCGCUUCACCCCUCCAAAAUAGAGUCCCAAUUGGUGGUUGGAGCGUGCUGGCAAGAAUAUACAGAAAAUGAGAAUGACACAGAAAAAGCGACUGAGGCCCCUUCAGGUGGUGAGCACCGCAUGGCCCAGUUUUUCCGAGGUAACCUGGCCGGCUUGAUGAUCCGCUCUGGUAAGCUGGAGAACAAAAAGGUGAUCGACUGUCUGUACACCUGCAAAGAGGGACUAGAUUUGCAGAUGGCUGAGGACGCCAGUAAAAAUGUGAAGAUCCAGAUGAACCCCAGCCAGUCGGUCUUGACCUUGGAGGGAGACGACAUCGACCAGUUUGACAGAGCCAUGCAGCACAUUUCCUACUUGAACUCCCGCCAGUUCCCGACACCGGGGAUCCGAAGGAUCAAGCAUCUACCAGGCACACAGUCCAAGUGCUCAACUGAAGAGGCCUGCAUGGCUGUCCCCUUCGUCGACGGCUACGUCAUGGUCUUGCAGCCCGAGGAGCCGAAGAUCAGCUUGAGCGGCAUCAAUCACUUUGCCCGUUCCGCAUCAGAGUUCGAGAGCCCCGAAGGGGUCUCUCUCUUUCCCGAGCUUCGCAUCAUCAGCACCAUCACUCGGGAGGUGGAGCCGGAGGGAGACGGGGACGAAGAUCCCACAGUCCAAGAAUCGUUGGUGUCAGAAGAGAUCAUGCAUAACCUGGACACCUGCGAGGUGACUGUGGCAGGGGAGGAACUCAACCAGGAGCAAGAGAGCCUGGAAGUGGAUCUGGUCCGGUUGCAGCAGAAGGGGAUGGAGAUGAGCAACUCUAACCUGGGCGUGAUCAUUACAGGUGUUGACACUAUGGCCAGCUACGAAGAGGUUUUACAUCUGAUCCGCUACCGCAACUGGCACGCCGCCACUCUGUUUGACCGGAAGUUUAAAUUGGUCUGUUCGGAACUCAACGGCCGUUACGUCAGCAAUGAGUUCAAAGUGGAGGUGAAUGUCAUCCAUACAGCCAACCCUGUGGACCACGCCAGUCACAUAGCAGCUCAGCCACAGUUUGUCCAGCCCGUCCACCACUCCUUUGUCGACCUCUCUGGUCACAACCUGGCUAACCCGCACCCUGGGUUUUCAGUGGUUCCGAGUACGGCCACCGUGGUCAUCGUGGUCUGUGUCAGCUUCCUGGUGUUCAUGAUCAUCCAUGAAAUUCGCGAUCAGAGCCCCACCAGCUUAACGACAUGCGGGACCAGGAUUCGGGAAGGAGAACGGUAUGUAUCACUUCACUCUGCCUUGACCAUCACCGUUAACCUCGGGAUGGAGACCUACGAGGACCAGCACAGCAGUGAAGAGGAGGAGGAAGAGGAAGAGGAGGAGAGCGAAGAGGGCGAGGAAGAGGACGACAUCACCAGCGCGGAGUCCGAGAGCAGUGAGGAGGAGGAAGGGGAGCAAGAAGAAGACCAGCGGAAUGUCAGCCGGCAGCAGCAGCUUGAGUGGGAUGACCAUCAGCCACCUAUUGAUCCCUGCCCCUUCCCGGCCUCCCUCUGUCUCUCCCGUUCUCCUCCAGAAGACUCCAUGGCAACCUGCUCCAUCGCUCCCGAGGAUCCAUGACGUGAGCAAGUCACCUGGGCCAUAGAGCCAAACGAUGUGCCCCGAUCUCCCUGCCAUGUGUGUGUGUCUCUCUCUUUCCUGCCUAGCCCCCCCCCCCCGCCCUCGGGCCUGUCUCUGGAAACCUAGCUCGCUGCUCCUCCCUCUUCUUUGCCCCACAGUGACUGGAUAUUUUUUGGGUCUUUUUUUUUAUUUUGCAAGGAAUUGCCUUGUGCGCGUACUCCCUCCUCACCUCGGUUCAUUCUAAGGGACUUGACAGCUCUGUAACAAACACAGGGGUGAAACUGUCUGGAUUUUUAACUUUUGGUUUGAGGGGAAGGAUGUCGGGGAGACAAUGUUAUACCUCCCAGCUUAGUUCCUCUUUUCACGCUUUCCUUGUGGGGGAUUUCAAGACUGUUCAUGGAUGAAAAUUAAUUGGGGGGGGGGAGUUAUUUUUUUUCCCUUUUCGUUCUCUCCCCCCUUUUUUUUCUGCAGCUCACUCCAUCCCUGUGAAUCUGAAAACCUUGUUUCCACCCUCCCACGGUCUAGUGCAUGUGUAAAGCGGCAGAAUGAGGUUAAUAUGUAGAAGAUUAACAAGACUUUUUAAUAUUUUGUAAAUAUAUUGGAAUUAUGUAAUUAUGUCCUUCGUGGUAGUGAAAAUGGGAAGGGAGGGAGGGAAUAAAACCAUGCUAAGGUUUAAAAAAAA